UGCCGGCGCAUGCGCGCAACCAACGCUCCGCCUCCCCACAAGGCCCUGCGCACCCGCGGCAAAGAUGGCGGCGCUGAGCGGCCCUGCGCCGUGGCGGCGGGGCUGGCUGCCCGCUUUGCAGCUCGUCCGGCGCGGCUCUAAGGCGGUCACCCGGCACUGGAAGGCCAUGCACUUCCAGCGCCAGAAGCUGAUGGCCAUCACCGAGUACGUGGCGCCGCGGCCCGCCGUCCCGGAGCGCUGCCUGGCGCCCAGGAGGAAGGCGGAGGAGGAGGAGGAGUAUGGCUACGCCCGGCUGCUCCGGCGCCAGGUGGAGGAGGCGUUCCGGGACAACCGGAUGAUUGCGGUGUGUCAAUACAAUUCCAUGCCCGGGGAGGACGUGGUGCUGAUGAGGCACUACCUGCGGAAGCACAACAUUGAGGUCAAGUUCAUCCUGAACGAGAUCGUCCGCCCCGUGCUGUCCCAGUCCCGCUACAAGAACCUCCUCCCGCUCUUUGUGUCCCGUAACAUCCUUCUGGUGAGCCCAGAAACGAAAGCCAAGGAGAUGCUGCGGGUCCUGAAGGGAGUGCCGCAGAUCAACCUGCUGGGUGCCUGCAUUGACAACACCAUCCUGAGCAGGCAGGGGGUGGAGAACUUCGCCAAGCUGCCCUCGUUGGAGGCCUCACAGGGGCAGACGCUUGGCACCCUGGCGUUGCUGCCCUCCCAGACACGCUCCCUGCUGCAGCACGGGGCCGCACACCUCACAGCGCUGCUGGACGGGCACAUCCAGCAGCUGCAGGCUGGGGCUGGCGAGACAGGGAGCCCAGCAGGGACAGAGCCCGCUGAGAGCUCAGGGACACAGUGACAUCCAUCCCCAGCCCCCAGUUGGGCUCCUUCAGCAGCUGUGCUUGCGGGGAGGGAUUGAAGGUUCAGCCACGCGUGGGCAACCAGCAGCGGGACUGAGCGCAGCAGAGCCCUGCAGCACUGCUGGCCCAGCUCAUCCCUUCGCUUUGCUCCCUGCACCAAUGGCACACGGGGACGGCCCAGCUGUGCUUCAGGUGCUGUGGGAUGUGCUCAGAGGAGCUCCGGUUCUGACUGGAGGGCGCAGAGACCUGUAGCAGCACUGGCAUGGAGGACAUGCAGGAGAGCCAUGGAGGAGCGUGCUGCAGUGCUCUCUGAGUGGCGGGCAUGGAGCUGUGCGUGCGGGGCCGCUGGCUCUUCCAUUAAAGUCGGCUGCAUGGUGGUAGCGAU